UCUUUGCCCCUCAGAAACACACUAUUGAGAAAGGUGGUCGGUCCAGUUCUGUGGCUCCGCGCGAAGGUCAUGAGCUUUGGCGCUUGUCAUGUCCGAGUCAUGGCUCUACCCCACCGUUCUGCUGUGUAUAUACGGGUUUUUCUGCAACCUCAGGCCGUCCGAGCCUUUCCUCACCGCCUUUCUGAUGGGACCCGACAAGAACCUCACGGAGACUGAGGUUGUGAAUGAAAUCUAUCCACUAUGGACCUACUCGUACCUUAUUCUGCUGUUUCCUGUGUUCCUGGCCACGGACUACCUCUGCUACAAGCCAGUGCUCGUCCUCCAAGCAGCCAGCUUCAUAGUGACUUACGCCAUUCUAGUGAAAGGCCAGGGUGUGCUCGCCAUGCAGCUCCUGGAGUUCUUCUUUGGUGUGGCCACGGCCACAGAGAUAGCGUACUACUCCUACAUCUACAGUGUAGUGGAGCCAGCCAAUUACCAAAGGGUGACCGGUUUCUGCCGCAGCGUCACUCUGCUGGGAUCGGCCGUAGGCUCCCUUACUGGACAGCUCUUGGUAUCUGUGGCCCAGGUCCCCUUGCUUCACCUCACCAUCAUCACCCUGGCUUCCUCCUGCCUAGCCUUUCUAGCACCGUGGUUCCUGCCGAGGCCCAGCAGGAGCCUGUUUUUCCACCAGAAAGCUAGCGUUCCCCAGGAAAGGGCGCCCGGGGAGCCUGUGGAUGGUCGUGAACUUAUUGAGAAGUCAGAAGACUCUGAAUGCAAAGUUCCCCUCAAUGCAGAUGAAGGCACUGUGGUUCUCAAAGAAAAGCACGGUGGCGAUGGAGGUCUGAUGGAAGUUCUGAAAAUCCUUUGGGCAGAUUUUGUGGAGUGUUACUCGUGCCGUGCUCUGCUUGCCUGGUCUGUUUGGUGGGCUCUGUCCACCUGUGGCUAUUUCCAGGUGAUCAAUUAUGCUCAAGCGCUGUGGGAGAAGAUUCUGCCAUCUAAGGAGUUUGUGAUCUACAAUGGUUACGUUGAGACUGUAUCGACAUUGCUUGGAGCGCUGGCUGCCUUCGGGGUAGGCUUUGUGAAGGUGUCCUGGGCAGUUUGGGGAGAGCUGGCUCUCUGUGUGUUCUCUGUGGUCAUCGCUGUAGCUGUCUACCUCAUGGACACAGUCAGGAACAUCUGGGUGUGCUACACUUCCUAUGUUGUCUUCCGAGCGACCUACAUGCUGCUGAUCACCAUAGCUACGUACCAGAUUGCUGCCAAUCUAAAUAUGAGAAGAUACGCCUUGGUGUUUGGAGUGAACACUUUCAUUGCACUUGUACUGCAAACUCUUCUUACUGUGAUUGUGGUCGACUCCGCUGGCCUGGCUCUCGACAUUUUUCCACAGUUUCUGAUCUAUGGCAGUUACUUCGCUGCCAUAGCAGUGAUCUUCCUCAUAGCUGGCAUUUACAAAGUGGCUACACGCAGUAGGUCUAACGGUGCUGAGGUACAGACUGAAAGUGGGGGGACGGAAACCGACUCGGCUGGUGGUGACUGUCCACUCCCCAAAAAAAGCAAUGGUAUUUCGAAGGCAUGAUGUGGGCGACUGCACACUGUUGCUGUACAGAUACGCACAAGUUUAUGUACUGAAAAGUGGUGAUGUUUGUGAAAAGCCCCUCUGGAUUCACUGAAAGUGUGCUAUGACAGUCCCAGGACAGUCUCAGGAUAGUCUGAGGCUACUAAUGAUCAGCUUAGAACAGAAGAUGGAGGGAAUUCCACUGAAUUUUCUAAAUCUCCACAAAAAUAUAAGUAUUUGGGAUGUAAACCAGACCAUGAGUGUGAUGCGAAAUGAUUCAUUAUAGUGAAACUUUUGGACUUGGAUUUCUUUACAUUGGUGGUGAGGAACCAGAUGUCUUCAGCGUAAAUGUAGUCAUUUUAUUCAUUAUCCAAAACAAGUGAAUGUACAUGUCUUCUGUAUUUUUAUAUGUAAUGUUGACAGUGAUAAAAUACUGGUAAAUCCAAAAAAAAAAAAUUUCUUCUAUUUUGCCUUGCAUUUACUUCUCCGCUUUGGAUUGACGUAAACAAAAAAAUGUACGUUUUAAGCCAACAUCUGAUCACAAAACUACUGUAAAACGGUCUCUUGUGCAUCGGUCGGCGUGUUCACAUCUAUUUCAUGUAAUAACUCUACGUGAAGAUGCUUUCAGAGGUCUUAAGCUCUUCAGAUGUCUGGUUCCCAUCACUACCACUGAAAAAUUCUCUAAAGUUUCUCUAAAAUGAAGCAUUUCACAUAAACCACUCUGAACGUCUUUACAUUUAAUCAAGGGAUUCUGUAGAAAUUUUGUAAAAAUCUGUAAAUUUAAUUUUUAAUUUAUAGUAUGAUAUUUAUAGUAUUUCAGCAAUAACAGCCACGAUUCUUAGUCAUCAUCUCUAAGCACACUAAUGUGGAUUUGCUUAGCACAUCCUAAGAAACGUCUGUUCCUCACUUAUAGACACUUGAACGUGCGCACAGAUCGAGCUUUAACGAUCAUACUAGUAACACUAGUAACAAAAUGUGUAUUAAGUCAUAUCUUGUAGAUAUGGAGGCUUUGAUUGUUCUUUAAAGUUACAAACCUUUUAUUAUCAAUCAUGCACUGUAUUGUGAUACAACUAGCUCUCAUUUUGAAUUGAGACUUUAUUCUGCCUUAAAUUUGAGGUGUUUCUCCUUGAGAAUUUAGGCUGUUUUGCUAUGG